GUCUUAAAAUUUGCGCUGGAAGAACAAAAGAGGAAAAGGAAUAGUAGAGAGAAAAUUAUUGCCUCCCAACGUUAAGUAGAGUGACUCUGGCUGGCUUCUUGGGGUUUUUCCUCUGGACCAGAUGAUUGGCAGGCAGGAAGGUGUGUGUGUGUGUGUGUGUGUGUGUGUGUGUGUGUGUGUGUGUGUGUGUGUGUGUGUGUGUAUGUGUGUGUGUGUAGUAACAGCUGUGGCCUUAAACAGUUCAGGACUAUGAGUUCUUCAGUUACACACGUGUAUGUGCCGAGGCAGGGACAGGGGUGAUUGCAGGGAGCGUUGGCAGCAACCAUCUCCAAAGUCUCUCUUUGCCCAGGCUUGCUCUGGCUUGCACACUGAUCCUCCCAGAGGAGGACUCAGAAUGUCCAAACAAACCGCGGGGGUGGGGGUGGGGGGCAGGGCCCCGCCCAUGCAGGUGGUUUAGGCUGUAAGGAAUAGGAAUUGAAAUGUUGCUUGCUUUAAGCCGGUUCGUGGGCUGAGUUAGACCUCUCUGCCUUGCUCUUGAGUCUGCAAAAUUGGUCCAGCUACCUCCCUUCUCGGAAAGCUGUUGAGAGGGUUAGAUGAAGCAGUGUUUAUCAGAGACUUAGUACAGUGCUAGCUGAGGAAGAGCUGGACCUCAGUGGGGCGUUAUUAGCCAGGGAAGGCAAAGUCUGGGCUGUAAUCACUACAGCAGUUACUGUCAGAUAGAUACACGCCAGCAAAUUCCCGAGCACCCGGCUUUGGUCCAGCUGGUGAUGAGAUGGGGGCCGGCCAGUCUGUGUGCUUCCCACCCAUCUCGGGACCCCACCACAUUGGCUGCACGGAUGUGAUGGAGGGUCACAGUCUUGAGGGGAGCCUCUUCCGACUCUUCUACCCUUGCCAAGCAUCAGAGAAGUGCGAGCAGCCCCUGUGGAUUCCCCGCUACGAGUACAGCAUGGGUCUGGCCGAUUACCUGCAGUAUAACAAGCGCUGGGUGGGGUUGCUGUUCAACGUGGGUAUCGGAUCUUGUCGCUUGCCUGUUAGCUGGAACGGCCCCUUUAAGGCAAAGGAGUCUGGAUACCCUUUGAUCAUCUUGUCCCAUGGUCUAGGAGGGUUCAGGGCGUCAUACUCGGCCUUCUGCAUGGAGCUGGCCUCUCGUGGCUUUGUGGUUGCUGCCGUAGAGCACAGGGACCAGUCAGCUGCGGCCACCUACUUCUGCAAGCCGACCUCCCAGGAGAGCUCUCCCGCUGAAUCUCUGGAGGAGGAGUGGCUCCCCUUCCGUCGCAUCAAGGAAGGGGAGAAGGAGUUCCACGUCAGGAAUCCUCAGGUGCACCAGCGGGUGAAAGAGUGUGUGCGAGUGCUGCGGAUCCUUCAGGACGCCUCUGCUGGGAAGACUGUCGUCAAUGUCUUCCCAGGAGGACUGGAUCUGAUGACCUUGAAGGGCAGCAUCGACAGGAACCGCGUAGCCGUGAUGGGUCACUCCUUUGGAGGAGCUACGGCUGUUCUUGCUUUGACCCAGGAGGUCCAGUUUCGGUGUGCUAUAGCCCUGGACGCUUGGAUGUUCCCUCUGGAACGGGACUUUUACCCCAAAGCCCGGGGCCCUGUGUUCUUUAUCAACGUCGAGAAAUUCCAGACGGUAGAGAGCGUCAACUUGAUGAAGAAGAUCUGUGCCCAGCACGAGCAGUCCAGGAUCGUGACUGUCCUAGGCGCUGUUCAUCGGAGUCAAACUGACUUUGCCUUUGUGACGGGCAACCUGAUUGCUAAAUUCUUUUCCAGUAACUCUCGUGGUACCUUGGACCCUUACGAAAGUCAGGAGGUCAUGGUGAGGGCCAUCUUGGCCUUCCUGCAGAAGCACCUUGACCUGAAGGAAGACUACGAUCAAUGGAGCAGCUUCAUCGAAGGCGUCGGACCAUCGCUCAUCCAAGGGGCCCCGCACUAUCUGUCUAGUCUAUAGGUCGCUUGAGCUGCCCAAGGAUACUUGCAGCCAAUCAGCAGGACCCUUUUUCCCAGAUGGAGAAGAUGUAAUCAGAGAGCUGAUUGGGUAACUGGAUACUUUGCUCUUGGGGUUGUUGAUCUUAAACGCACCUCAGAUCACUGGCUGAUUGGGAAGCGGAUUUUUUUCUUUUUAAGUCAAGGACUCAUGAUCCAGACUGGCUCUGAACUUCUUAUGUAUUGAGGAUGACCCUUCUGAAUGACAGACAUUACCACUAUACUUGGCUUGUAUUCUGUGCUGGGAAUCGGACCUGAUAUCAGCCACUGUGCCUGAGUUAAAGACUAUGAAGUACUUAUGUGCUGAGGACCUGUUCUCAAUGACAGUGGUCCCCACCUCUGUCCCAGGUCCUGUUUGCCUUAAGUAAAAUAGUGUCUACCUGCUGGGCUGAGUUCUCUCUCUUGGCUCAGGCCAUUUCUACGGUUCUGGCCAUGCAGUUUACCAUAUGGAAUCCAUACCAGUAGGUGCCAUUCCGUCUGUGCCAUCAUAACCUCGUAGCCGGUCUUUUCGGCCCCAGGCAGAGCCCCAUGGAGCCUGGAUAUGACAACUUGACUUGGCUAGCCCACUCUCUCACCUUGGGCAAUUGUUGCCUCAUGAAGCCAAAGGCCAGAGGGAAACCUUAGGGCUUCCAGCCCUGCCUGGCGCUCUCCACCUGCCCCCUCUCUCUCCAGAGCAGUUCUCCUACCAUAUGAAGUACAUCUUCAGGGCAGUCUUCCCAUCACAUGAAAUACAGUAAUGGACACUUUGGACCGUCAUGCUUAGGAGCCCAUGUGGGGCAAACAGUAUUGUCCUCGGAACACAGACGCCAAGGAGCCCCUCAGAAGUUCAGUGUCUUUGAGGUUUCGCAAGUAUGUCUUGUCAGGAAGCAUCCUGAGUAGGUUGAGAUGGGCAGGAAACUAUUAACAGAGCUGAGCUGCCCUACAUGGGCCACAGAGGACACCGGGUUGGCCAGCUCAGCUGGGGGAAUGUCCCUAGAGAGGUCUGAGGUGAGCUUCGUCUUGCCUCUUACUCAAACCAGGGAGCUUUAGUUGUCUGCUUUUGUCUUGUUUCUGGUUUUGGUUUGUUUUUUUGAGGCCAUCCCUCAAUUUAAGUCAAGGAACCGAUCCAGUCUGCUUCCUCCUGGUUCGUUGAAUAUUGAUGCUCAUGUUGGCCUAACGGCAUGCUGGAGUUCCGCCUGUUUAAUUGACAUUAGAGUGAGUUGGAGAGCCAUCUGGAAGUGACUUUUCCGAUUUCCUUUGUUUGCUAAUCACGUGUGCCCACACGGAAAAAAACAAAAAACAAAAAAACGAAGACUUCCCAGAGUUCCAAGCUCUGUGGGAAGCCCCCCCCAGGACUGUGUCGCUGCCAUAUAAGAUCUGUCACCUGAAUCCAAGGAGGGAAGAACCUCAGAGGAGCAAGUACAGAUCAAAAGUGUUUCUCCGCACAGUAUUCCAAGGUCAGGGCCACUGAAUUGAUCCAGAGAGGUGUGCACACAUCAGGAGGCCCCUCAGGUAUGGCUCUGCAGCCCCACCGCUGGGCUUGGCUCCAACGCUGCAUAAAUCGCAUAAAUCGGAGCAAAUCCUGCCAUCUUCCCAACCUCAAUUCCUGCAUAUGUAAAAUGAGGGCCUGCGCUAGCAACGGAUGGAAUGAUUGAGUGGAGGGUUGGGUGACCCCUGGGUUAUUAAAUGUGCAUUUCCCACGUCCCACACACAUGCUUUCUAAUCGUUUGAAUAUUAAAUGUUUCCAAGAUAGAAUGUUCCAUAUGAUCUCUACCCUUCAUGAUUGUUGGCCCACUCACUGUAUGAUUAAAAAGUCUAUAUCCACUCUGAA